AUGUUACCUUUUAAACCAAUGAUUUUGAAUCAUUUUCCACGAUUUUCAGCAUGUAUCAAUGCAUUUUUAUCUAUUUGUCCUCAUAUUACGGCAUGUUUUAAUUCCUUUCCUCUUGUAAAAUACAUGAUUUCUUCUCAAAUCACAGAAAAUCUUGCAUUAUCAAAUUUGUUUUCGAUUUUUCCAAAUAACUUUGCAGACACUGACAUUAGAGAUGAUGUAAUAUGUUUCGUUACUCAAUUUUGUAAUGAAUGCGGAUUCGAAUUGGAAAUAUUGAAUAAUUUACCGGGUUCAAAGGUAGAAUCUGAAAAUGAUCCUGAUAUUAUUGUUUGUUUACCUGAAUCAUCCGAGAAAUCACUAGUUGAAGAAAUAAUUGCCAUUCCUAAACGACAAUAUUACAAAAUAAUUUCAAUAAUUUUAGAAGAAAACGGUGUUCUCUAUACAAAUGUCAAUACAAAUGCAGGUUCCUUCAAAAUUUCUAACAAUGGAAUAGUACAAACAGAUCAUUUCACAAAAAGUUCUGAUUUAAGUGAAAAAUAUAUAGCGCUAAUAUAUGUACGAUCAAACAUUUACGAUUUCGUAUCAGCCAAUUUUCUUUGGCCUCAUCCAAUUGUUAAAAAUCCAGAUUUAUUACAAAUUGAACAAAAAUCUCUUGUUCCUGUUAAAGUUGAACCAAAAGAUGAUUGCUUUUACUUUUCAUAUGAUCCAAAACAUGAUCCAUACCCUUCAACUCCUUCCAGAUUUGUUAGAUCUCAUUAUGGAAUUUUAAUGCCAGUACAACCUAAAGGUCAAUUGAUAUGGUGUCAAGAACUUAAUAAAGAUCCAUAUCCCAAGUAUUUUAUUGGAGAAAAAAUGAAAGUUUCGGAAAUUAUUAAAAAUUCUGAGAUAUCGAAUGCCAUUUUAGUCAAAAUGUCUGGUAAAUUUAUUCUUUCAGCAUACAAACCUCUUGAGGAUGAAGAAAUCCAGUUUCCUACAGAGAAUCUUUUAGUUAUUGAAAAACACAAAUCAAAAACUAUAGAUACAGAUAAAAAGAAAACAUAUUUUGUGUCUUAUGCAAAGCAAAAGCAUGUAAUGAACACAUGCGCAGGAAAUCCAAUUGAAUCAAGCAUUCUACAAUAUAAUUCAAAUCCACAAGUAUUUGAAAGCUUAAUAGAUGCACUUGAAUAUAGCAAAAUUGAAAUUAGCCCAAAUAGGACUGGAUUUUCUAUUGAUGAAUCGGAUUCUUCUUACAUAUUCAUAGUUAAUUCAAAGUUGAAAUUUAAAAAGUCCUUACAUCGUUCAAAUGACUUUUAUAAUCUUAAUUAUGAUUUUGUUAAUUUUGUAGUUGUUCAGAAACUUCAAAAUUCAACUAAUAAAAAGGACUGA